GUCCAGUACUCACUUUCUCUGUUACGUUAGUGUCCGCGACAAGAAUCAGUUCUGUCUUAUCUUACAUCGUACGCGAGAUUCCAAAAACCCCUGUGCGUAUCGUUAUCGCACCUUGGCGUACCUGUGUGAGAAAUAUAAGCGUUCCCAGGUAACAUCUACUGUUCGUAUGCACUUGUAUUAGUGCAACUUCAGGGUAGCUACUUAGCGAACCAGUGACUACAAUUAGGGCUAGCGACAACACCAUCGGCCUAGCUGAGGAUACGACCGUUAUCUUCUGAAGCGUCUUCGACCAGGAUAACCCGAACGACGACAACUCGGUCCAUAUCAACCAAUAGGGACAGCGUAGUACGGGCCGUGUCCGUGACUAAGUUGGCACUGCGUUGUUCCAGGGGGCGCUUUCUUUGUCGCACAUAGUGUGCAAUCUGUAUCGCGUGCCACACAGAUUUUCACGUUUGGAACAUUGAUGAUAUUUUCCAUUGUAUCAUUCGCAUUGGCCGUUCUAACAAUGUAGAUUUGUGCCAAUUGCGGCAUUCAACGUUGAACUACAGAACUGUGCGGUCGUUCAUACAUACAUAGAUCACUGUUUACCUUGAAAAGAUUUUGGAAGAAUUUAUGAUAUGACCAAAUUAGCGAGAAAAGUAUAAUUUUAGUGUAACAUGCAAUAGCUGCAAUAAUUUACUGAUAAUAUGGCAUAGCUUUUGUCUUAUCAACGUAUCGGACCAUACCUUUGAUUGUUUAAAAAAAAAUUUGUCAAAAAUGAAUAGCUUACUGAAACCUUGUUGUGUGCAUUUCCGUCAACGAUGGGUGUUCGCCUUAAUGUGCUUUUUGGGACUGUUUCAUGCUUACGCAAUGCGAGCAUGUUUAUCAAUUACGCUCACAGAAAUGGUGAUCACAAGUGAGCCAGACGUGGCGUACGACGAUAGUUGCCCAUUUAAUGUUAUUGAAAAUGUCACGGUCACUGACGCAAGUGCACGCUCCAGAGAAAUCUAUUCGUGGAACGAAGAAACACAAGGUCUCAUUUUGUCAUCGUUUUAUUGGGGUUACGUGGUGACCCAUUUGCCUGGAGGUCUUAUAUCUGAAAAGUACGGCGGCAAACACACUUACGGUCUUGGCAUUUUCCUAACCGCCGUGUUCACAUUAGUCACACCGUUAUCAGUGCUAUGGGCCGAAUCAACAGGCUUAAUUGUAGUUCGUGUGCUUAUGGGUCUCGGCGAAGGUGUAACUUAUCCGGCUAUCAGUUUUUUGCUUGCUCAAUGGAUUCCACCAGACGAGAUAUCGAGAACUGGCACUUUCGUCUAUGCAGGACAAUUGUUGGGUACGAUUUACGCCAAUUCCAUAUCGGGUAUGAUUCUACAACACACUGGUAACUGGCAAAGUGUGUUUUACAUUAUCGGUGGUGUUAGUGCCGUGUGGUAUAUCUUUUGGUUGAUACUCUGCUACAACAAUCCAAGAGAACAUCCGUUCAUUUCCGAAUCCGAGUUGAAUUAUCUCAACGAGCAAUUGAGUCAUACGAAUGAAAAAUCUCCGCCAAUUCCAUGGCGACACGUGCUCAAGUCCAAGCCAAUGUGGGCAACGGUCAUAGGAAUGAUUGGCUUCAACUGGUCGAUUCUCACAAUAGUUACCGAUUUGCCGAAGUACAUGAGCUCAGUUUUGAAGUUUUCCGUGGAACACAAUGGAUAUUUGAAUUCGCUGGUGUAUCUCAGUAUGUGGAUUGGUAGUAUGAUAAUUUCGUGGCUGGCUGACUUUAUGAUAAGUAAUAAAUGUCUGUCAACGACGAACGUUCGAAAGGCUGGGUCAGUGGUGGCAUUGACAUGCUCGGCUUGCUUCGUAAUCGCGGGUUCUUACGCAGGCUGUGAUCAAGUUCUAGUCAUAGUUAUGUUCACUGUCGCGAUGGGCCUAAUGGGUGCUGCUUAUCCAAGCAUAAUGGUAAACACCCUAGAUAUUAGCCCGAAUUACUCGGGUACACUGAUGGCUCUUAGUAACGGUAUAUCAGCUGGUUUCACCGGAAUUUUGUCACCUUACAUAAUCGGAGUGAUGACACCUAAUCAAACAUUAGGCGAAUGGAGAUUUGUCUUUUGGAUUUUGUUUGUCGUUUCAAUAAUAACUAAUACUGUUUAUCUACUCAUCGGAAAAGGCAAAGUCGAGUAUUGGAAUGAUCCUAAUUUCAACACUACAGAUAUUAGCAAACCGACAAAAGCUGAUGAAUCGUCGAAUAUCUGUAAUACGGUCGUAUAACGGUACUCUUCCUUACAGGACAUAAUCUACUCAUUAAAUAAAUCAAUCGACUCUAUUGUUAUUAAUAUUAAUUAUUCUGAUAAGUUUUGCAAUGUUUAUGAUGAAUAACUCUUUUCUUGGAAUUGAACGAUAAAUUAGCAUUUAAAUUUAUCUGCGUAAUUUACGUAUUAGCAAUUAGUCAAUUAAUUAAAAAUGUAAGUAUGCAACAUAUUGUAAAAUAAGUUUAUAAUUUACUAGUAUGCAAGUGUAGCAGUGUGAUGUAAAUGAAAUUGCAAAUAUGCAAUCCGAACAAUUUAUACUUUUCGUAAUAUGAAUUACAUUAUUACACGUGGAGACCUGCUUAUAUUAUAUUUAUAAGAAUUGAUAUUUGUAAUACUAGGUCGAUGGGUAUCUUUUCAAAAUGAUUUUGUAAUAUCUUUAAGAUUAAGAUUUACCAAUAUUUUUCAUAUAAAAUGAAAAAUAAUAUCUUUAUAGUUAUUUUAUUGAUUGUUUAUAUAACAAUUUUACUCAAUUGUAAAAAUUUCAAUGUUCGCAUUGAUGACAAUUGUGUUGAAUGCAGUGUUACACCACAAUAAAUGCGAAAUA